AUGAAGUGUCUUGCGUGGAUCGUGCUCUCUACUGCCGUGUUGUUUCUGCUAUGGCCGGAACGAUCGGAAGGCUUUCCGAGGGGGUGCUUUAAUUGUGCCAGGAACAGAGGAUUUCCCCAAGAAAAGUGCUGCGAUGAGUGUCCCGUUUGUCGGCACAACUUCGAUGUAGAAGCACCGCCAGAUCCGGGCUGCCGGAAAGUUACCAGAUAUCAGUACGAUGUGGAGAAGAUCACGGGCUGCCAUAAGGAAACUUACGAUCGGUUGGAUGCAGCGGUCGAGGUUUUGCCCGGAAAAGGCUGCAGGAAAUCUUAUCAGUACCACUACGACGUGGAGAAACCCUGCAAUUGUUACGAGGAAAACUUCGACACGUACGACUUUGAGGUCGUAGCACCGAAGAAGGAGAAAAAAUGCCAAAAAGUGAAACUGGAGGCAUACGCGGAUCAUCCUGUUCGACACUGCCAAUGCGACUGUAAUCAAAGACGGUACGUGCAGGGAACGGAUUCCCGAAACCGGACUCUUUUAAAUGUUUCAGAUAAAACCACCUCCAACGAGUCGUAUGAUAGUGAUCGUAACCGGAUAAGACGAUUAAAACGGCACAUUGAAGAUGGUUUUAAAAUCCAGCUUCCCCACGAUGCCAUACGGUGCGAAUACUCAGCGCAAGUACGCCGACCAAAUCGCCCUGGUUUAAAUCGGAGAUCCCCGUACCAUCGUAGUUUACCGACCGGGCCCCGGCUCAAGCGAAAAGAAAAGCAAAAUGGAUUCCUGACCAAUCAGGGAGGAUUCGUUUGCCACUGUGUUCCGUCGGAUCAAAAUGUGGAUAGGGCCGAAGGGUACACUGGGGACCUGGUUGGCGCUGCCAGGAAACCCGCUUCCUUCCGCGAGCAACCGGUCUACAUCGGGGACUCGUCGAACCCGAUCACUUACGAUCAGAUCAAGAAGCAUAUGGAUGCGCUACCCAGAUCGGAGUACAGUCCCUCUACCAACGACGUCAUCGGCAAUCUGACCGUCCUGUUCUACGAUAUUUACCAGCAGAAGCACAAGAAAAACUUUACCCUUCCCCUGAAGUACGGUACGCGCACGGUGGUGGAGAAGGGUGAUGGUCUGCAGCAGUACGAUAUCAAGCCGAUCGAGGGCGAAUAUCAGCCAGCGAAAUUGAACAAGCUCGCCUCGAAGGGGCUACGUAUAAUAGGGCGGAAAAUAGAAGAGAAAACUGGGCAGACACCAGCAUCACGAAGAAAUCGACUUCAGAGACGACCCUGA